GCAACUCCCACGCCGCCGUUCCCACAUCUGGAACGAGCCCCGGCCAUUACAGACAGCAUCGCGUGACAGCUCGCCUCCGGUGUACGCGGUCGCCGGGAUCUCUUAACAGCUCCACUGAUGCACUGACGGACGAGUCUUACCCGCCAACGCCCCUCCAUCAAUGACACCAGCCACGCCUCCCGCCUCCCCAACUCCCAUUAUUAAAUCCGUUCGCUGCCCGUCGUUGAGCGAGCCACCUCCGAGCAAUCCACCUCCUUGGCUCAUCUCGCCCGUCUCCCCCACCUUCAUGCCGGCGCCCACUGACACACUCGAUCCACCGCCAUAUCCCACUGAUCUCGAGGAGGAAUACAUGCCCUCCGGGCGAGCAGCCACGCCACCGCCAGACGACUGCCCCUCCCCCCUCCCCACGAUCCCUCUGAAGGCCAGCCCUCCUCCUACUCUCCCUCCCAGGCCACCAGCCUCGGCGGGACCCAGCUUUCGUAUCCCUCCGAGCAUUCCCAAGCGGCCUGGCCCACCAUCUCCCAUCAUUCUCAGUCGCGCACACAGCGUUGGACAUGUGGCGCACAGCUCGGAUGCCAACCGUCCGCCGGCGGCGGCGGCCGCCGCCGCCACAACGUCAACCGGAAUACUGGAGGAUCAGGAAACGGCGCCACCCGCCACUGGGCCACCCUAGAUGCGCGGCGGACCACUAUGGCCACCAUCAUGGGACAGGCGCAUGUAGGACA